AUGGAAACCCAUGUUGAUGCGUCCAAUGUCUCGGAUGUUUGUAAGAAAGUAUGUAGGUCAUGGAGCUGGACUACUAACUCUGGUUGCUGUACUAGAGGGACGCGUAUUAUGAUAGGAUGGGAUGCUAAUUUGGUUGAUGUUAUGGUUUUGUCGCAAACGGAUCAGGUUAUUCAUACCCAGAUUGUGUUUAAGAUAGACCAUAAAACUUUAUUCUGUUCGUUUGUUUAUGCUGAUAACCAUUACAAGAAUCGUCGGAUUUUGUGGAGUAAUUUGUCUCUUCAUUAUUCCUUUAUGAAAGAUAAUCCGUGGGUUAUAAUGGGUGAUUUUAAUUCUGCUUUGUACUUGGAGGAUUCUUUGACCGGUUCGUCUAUGCGCAGUAGUGGAAUGAGGGAUUUUAAGGAUUGCGUGAAUAAUAUUGAAGUGUUUGAUAUUAAUAGCUUAGGGUUGCAUUAUACGUGGUCGAAUAAACAACGAAACCAUAGGGCUGUCUUUAAAAAGAUUGACCGUAUUCUUGGGAAUACUCCAUUCAUUGAUGCGUUUCCCUCGGCUGCUGCUUCUUUCCACCCUUACCAUGAAGUUAGUCAGGUAUGGGGCUCGGAUGUUCAGGGGGUCCGGAUGUUCCAGGUGGUUAUGAAACUUAAAGCGUUGAAAACUCCGUUACGGAAACUGCUUCAUAAACAAGGGAAUAUUCAUGAAAAAGUGAAGGUGGCUAGGCGGUGUUUGGAUGAAUGUCAACGGGCUAUUGAUGCUAAUCCAUUGAGUACAAGUCUUUCGAAUGAGCAUGCUCGGUUGCUUAAAGAGUACAUGUCGGCGGUCAAAGAUGAAGCUUUGUUCUUACAACAAAAAUCUAAGGUUGAUUGGCUGGCCUUGGGUGAUAUGAAUACCAAAUACUUUCACAAUGUUGUUAAAGCUAAGAAUCAUCGGAGCAGGAUUUUCUCUAUUAGGGAUGCUAAUGGUAAUCUUCUUGAAGGGGGUAUGGUGCCGCAAGCUUUCGUGGAUUAUUACUCAAAAUUCUUUGGAGGUGUCGGUAAUAUUAAUAUAGAUCCUUCUCCAGAUCUGUUUACUAAUGUUUUGCCUAAUGAGAAAGCUUUAAGCAUGGUUCGAGAAAUCACGGAUGAUGAGAUAAAGAAGGUAAUGUUUUCUAUAGCCGGAAAUAAAGCCCCUGGGCCGGACGGGUACACUUCAAUCUUCUUUAAAAGAGCUUGGCACAUUGUUGGGGGUGAUGUUUGUAGGGCGAUAAAGGAUUUCUUUCAUAAAGGUAAACUGCUUCAGCAACUUAACCAUACAAUCAUUUCGCUGAUUCCUAAAGUGAGUACCCCGUUGUUAAUUACUGAUUAUCGUCCGAUUUCGUGUUGUAACACGAUUUACAAAUGCAUUAGCAAGAUUAUAUCGAAUCGGAUUAAGGAGGGGUUGGCUGAUAUUGUGAGCAUUAAUCAGUCCGCGUUUGUGCCUGGGCGAAGGAUUUCUGACAACAUCUUACUGACCCAAGAGCUUAUGCAUAACUAUCACCGUAAUGUUGGCCCUCCUAGAUGUGCAUUCAAAGUGGAUAUCCAGAAGGCCUAUGAUACGGUUGAGUGGAGUUUUCUUGAAAAAACUUUGGUUGGUUUUGGUUUUCAUGAGAAGAUGGUUAGAUGGAUCAUGGUAUGCGUCACUUCCACAUCUUUCUCGUUGGCUAUUAAUGGAAACCUUCAUGGCUACUUUAAAGGUAGACGGGGAUUGCGUCAAGGUGAUCCGAUGUCUCCUUAUUUAUUUACCAUUGUAAUGGAGGUUCUUACGCUUAUUUUGCAAAGCCAGGUUAUGAGGUCCGAAGAUUUCCGAUAUCAUAGCAAAUGCGAGAAGCAAAAACUUAUUAAUUUAUGCUUCGCCGAUGAUUUGUUUCUUUUUUCUAGGGGUGAUCAGCGGUCGGUCAAAGUAAUUAUGGAAGCGAUUAAUUUAUUCAAGGAUAUGUCAGGCCUUGUGCCGAGUAUGGGUAAAAGCACGAUUUUCUUUGGUAAUGUGCCGGAUCAUGUGAAACAUAGUAUUCGUUCCAUAAUGUCGUUUGAUGAUGGGGUGUUACCGGUGCGGUACCUAGGUGUGCCGCUCAUUUCGUCUAGACUUCAAUACAAGGAUUGUAAAAAACUUGUUGAGAAUAUGGAGGUAAGGAUUACGGACUGGAGAAAUAAGUCCUUAUCGUUCGCAGGAAGACUUCAGUUGAUUCGAUCUGUUCUCUCAUCUUUGCACGUGUACUGGGCCUCGGUUUUUAUUCUCCCUAAGCGUAUCAUUAAGGAGCUGGAAGAUAGGAUGAAACGGUUCUUAUGGGCUCAAGGGGAUGAUAUUAAGGGGAAAGCUAAAGUAAAAUGGAAAUCUGUGUGUGUGCCAAAGCAUGAGGGUGGGUUGGGGAUCUGUAGAGUUGCCGAUAUGAACAACGCAUUAAUGACGGCUCAUAUAUGGAGUGUCUUUACGCAUCGGGAAUCUUUAUGGGUUAGAUGGAUCCAUUCGUAUCGUCUCCAAGGUAGAUCGUUUUGGGAUGUCCCGGUGAAAAGUAACAUAACAUGGAGUUGGAGAAAAAUGCUAAGUCUAAGAUCUCAUAUUCGAAACCAUGUAUGGACUAACGUUGGUAAUGGUAAGACUACGUUCGUCUGGUUUGAUAAAUGGGAUGAAGUGUGUCCUCUUUUUUCGAUACUUACUCCUAGAAUAAUUGCUAAUGCGGGGUUCAGUUUGGAAACAAAGCUUUGUGAUGUUCGUGGCCGAGAUGGAUGGCGUUGGCCAUUGAUGUGGUCUAAUCGGUUUCCAAUGUUGGGGUUUUUGAGUGAUAUUAAUCUGGAUGACGCGACGCAUGAUAAGUUGGUGUGGAAGAGUAGGCUGGGGAAUAUCAUUGAUUUUGGCACUGCUUCGGUUUGGGAUGACAUUCGUGUGACUCAACCGGAGAUCCAAUGGUCUAAUCUGAUCUGGUUCCCGCAAGCUAUUCCGAGACAUUCGUUUAUAAUGUGGCUUAUAAUACAUAAGAAGUUGAAAACUCAAGACGUUAUGUGCAAAUGGAAUACCUCGGGUAAUGCGAAUUUUAAUCUAAUGUGUUGCUCGUUGUGUAUUUCUGGCCCAGACUCACAUGAGCACCUGUUUUUUGAGUGUGGCUAUGCUUCUCGUGUUUGGGAUGGUGUCAAAGCUAAAGCAGACAUGGGAGCUAUUUCUAACAGAUGGAGUGAUAUCUUUGACCACUUGAUGGGGGUAGUGAAUUCGAAGAAGGCAACGCAUGUUAUUUCAAGACUUGUGGUUAGUGCGUCAGCUUAUUUUAUAUGGAAUGAACGAAACAGACGAUUAUUUACAAGGAAAAGAAGGGAUCACGAUCAGACGAUUAUUUACAAGGAAAAGAAGGGAUCACGAUCAGCUGGUCAAUGUCAUUUUAUCUACGGUUCGUUUGAAACUCCAAUCGAUGAAGUUCAAGCAAUCUAUCCAUUCGGAUAG